CACUGGCCAGGACAACAAACAGCAAUUCGCCCCCUUUUAGCAAAAACAAGACCAGCAUCAGUUGAAUAAACGACUCUUAAUUGGUCCCUCCCAGAAACACACCUAUCCCCAAUCCCCAGUAGAGCUUUCCAAAAAAACCAAAGUUCGAGCGAGGCCACACAAAGACAUGACAAGCUCGAUCCCGCAGUCGCCAACCGACGACGAAAACAAGUCGUUUGACCUCAACCUGCAGCACGGGCAUAGGGACCUUGUGCAGGCGAUUGCGUUCAACGCUUACGGCGACCGAUGCGCGACGGGGUCGGUGGAUGGCAAGAUUCGGGUGUUUAACCGGCAUAAGGAUGGGACGUGGAGGCUGUGCGAUACGUGGAGCGCGCAUGGAGGGGAGGUUGUCGAGCUGCAAUGGCUUCCUUCUACAAUAUAUCCCAACCUCGUCGCCUCUCUCGGCAUAGAAGGCUGGUUCCGCCUCUGGGCAGAGAAUCCCUCAGCCGCGCCAGGUCGCCGCUUCUGCGCCGCGCGGUCAGUCAAUGGCCGGCCAGCCUUUGACACGCGGUCGGCGCGGGCGCCGUACCGGUCCUUUUCCAUGAAGCACAGCGAGGAGACGCGGCAGACGUACCUGGCGCUGCUGGCGACGGACGGGCGGCUGACCGUCUACGAAAACGACCAGCCCGAGAACCUGGCCGAGUACACGUCGAUUGACGAGUUCAGCAUCUGCCCCCGGCCCGGCCGCGGCGACGAGGUGGCCUUCAAGGUGCGCUUCGACCCGAACCCGGAGCCGUGCUACACGGCGCUCAGGGCCGGCGUGCCGUCGGAUGCGCUGGGCCUGGUGGUGGCGGGCAUGAACUCGGUCAAGGUGUACCGCACGCGGGAGAUUGCGUCGUCAAACUUUGGCGCCAACACGCUGCAGAAGGAGUUUUACCUGGCCGUCGAGAUCGAGGGCCACAGGGGGCUCGUCAGGGACGUGGCGUGGGCGCCGGGCAACAUCAGGGGCUACGACAUGAUCGCCACGGCCUGCCAGGACGGCUACGCGCGCGUCUUCCGCAUCGACACCCCCUACUCCGACGCCGACGGCAAGUCGUGGUCCGCCGCCCACCUCCUCAAGCCCGACAGCCGCGCGCACAAGGAGUCCCCGUCAAAGGACGACAACACGCCCGGCUCCGGCCCCAACAACCACCAUCACCACCACCAGCCGUCGUCGACGCUCAGCGCCAGCCUCGCAAAGUCGAGCACCGUCACCGAGCGCGCGUGGACCGGCCAGCCCGGCCAGAUCAGGCACGUGGCCAAGGUGAUUUCGCGGCUGGAUAGCCACCGCACGCCCGUGUGGCGCGUGGGCUUCGACGACGACGGGCAGAUCCUGGGCAGCACCGGGGAUGAUGGGCGGCUGCUCUGUUAUCGGCAGACGCCGGAUGGGCAGUGGGCCAAGAGCUCGGAGCUGGUCAUGAUGAAGACGAGGAUGGCGACGCCUUGAUGGGGGAUGAGGAUCGCGAGCAUGAUGAGUAUAUAUGGGCUGUGGAUGAAUGGGAUGGUAUCGGAUGGAGUCUUACUUUUUUUUGACGUUGCGGCGAAUACAGGCAUGGGUAUUGUUAUUAACUACGACUUUCACGCGAGGGUCCCUUUUUUGUUUCCAUUUC